GAAAAAAAUGUUCUUAAAUAUAAAUGUGUUAAACCUUCUACUAAUGUUGUUUUCAUCUGUAUUAUGUUUACCAACAAAUAUUAAUUAUAUGAAUGAACAUCGUCGUCAAAAUCUUCUUAAUAUUAUCAACAAGUUUCAUCCAGAUGAAUCUGUGUCUUGCAAAGCUUGCAGAGGAAUAGUUGGAAUUAUACAGUCAUUUGCUGCAUCUGGACACGGAGAAGAGUAUUUUUAUGAUUUUGCUAAAUUUAUUUGCGAUAAAUUUAAAAUUGAAGACAAAACAGUUUGUGCUGAUGUAUGCAAUGAGUUUAAAGACACUGUAUGGAAUGUUUUUAUUGUUGAUACUAUUUUAACUCCAGAUGAUAUCUGUAACUGGGUGUUUGGAAGCAGCUGUGGAAAUCCUGUUGAAUUUUUCCCUUCAUGGAAUAUCUCUAUUCCAGAAAAAAUGUCAAAAACUAUCAGCAAAGAUUUCCCACAGAACAUUGUUGAGACAGUCAAAGUUAUUCAGAUAACUGAUAUUCACUUGGAUAAAGAUUAUAUGGAAGGUUCAAAAGUUGAUUGUGGGCGUCCUCUUUGUUGUAGAAAAGAAGACGGACAAGCAGGAGUUAAUGAAACCAGUGCUCCAAAGUGGGGUUAUGCAGGAUAUUGUGACUCUAAUGUAUUAAUGGUAAAUAGUAUGUUUGAACAUAUGGCAACUGUUCAUAAAGAUGUUGAUUACAUUAUAUGGACAGGAGAUGUUCCACCACAUAAUGUAUGGGAUCAAUCAAGAGAUGACCAAAAAGAAUCUAUUCAAAAUGCUGCUGCUUUAUUUGCAAAAUACUUUCCUGGUAAGAAAGUGUUUCCAAGUUUAGGGAAUCACGAAGGUUCUCCUGUUGACAAUUUUCCACCUCCAUCUGUGAAAGGUAAAAUGGGAGGCCAAUGGUUGCUAGACACUUUGGCAGAUGUUUGGUCAAAAUGGCUGCCAGAAGAUACAAAAGAAACAAUCAAAUUAGGGGGAUAUUACACUACGUUAAUUGAUAAAGGUGUUCGAUUGAUAUCUUUGAAUACUAAUUUUGGCAAUGAUAUGAAUUUUUGGUUGUAUUUGGAUAGUGUUGAUCCUGCAGAAGAACUGCACUGGUUAGUUAAUGUACUUCAAAAAGCUGAAGAUAACAACGAAAAGGUUCAUAUCAUUGGACAUAUGCCUCCUAACAGUUUACUUAAAUGGUGGAGCUACAAUUAUUAUCGAAUUAUUAAUCGUUAUCACGAAAUUAUUAAAGCCCAGUUCUUUGGUCACACUCAUCAUGAUGAGUUUAUUAUCUUCUAUGAUAUGAAAACUUAUACUGUCCCAAUUAAUAUUGCAUAUAUUGCACCAAGUGUAACCACUUAUAAUGAUUUAAAUCCUGGAUACCGAGUCUACCAUAUUGAUGGGACCAAUAGCAACAGCUCAUGGCAUGUCGUGGACCAUCAGACAUAUUUUUUUGACUUAUCAGUGACACAUCUAGAUGCUAGUGAAGUUGCGGAUAUACCUCUGUGGCAGCUGGAGUAUUCUGCUCUGAGUAUGUACCCAAUGAAAGAUCUAUCAGUUUCAUCAUGGAAUGAAUUGAUAUUUAAAAUGGAGAAGGAUGAUAAUCUUUUUAAUAAAUUUUACAGAGCUUUCUACAAACAACACAUUAAAGAUACAUGCACAGGACUUUGCAAACAAAACUUUCUAUGUGUCUUAAAAACAGGAUUGAGUGGAAGUUUUCAUAAUUUCUGCGAUUUUGCUGAAGAAGAUCAUUUCAAAGGUUUAAGAGCAUGGAUUAAAGAAACUUAUAGUAAAUGUUAAAGAAACUGUUCUGUUCCGUUUUUAACUUUUAUUUGAAAGUUUUAAAAUUUUUAAGACAACUGUAAUAUAUUCUGUAAUUUUUAUGGCAAUUUGUAAUAUAUCUCAAAAUUUUUAUAGCAACAUAUAUUCGGUUUGAAAUUGAAAAGUACGUACUCUGUAAUAUUUGAUUUUUGUAAAUAAUUGUAAAUACACAUGUUUAUUGAAUUUUUUUUUCUGUUAUAUAAAUUUAUUGACAUUUUGUUAUCUUAAUAGUUAUUCAGAAGAAUGAAUGCUUCAACAAA